AUGAAGGUUCAACCGAAACGUGUUCUUGAGAGUGAUAAGUUUAUUGCGGUGACAGUCCUGUGGACCUCCGCACCGGUGGGUGGCGCUAAUCUAGCGAGGCGUCGUUCGCCCAACUCCAAAAAGCCGCGAAGAAGAACAGGGGUAGACGCGGGGGACGGGGCGGAGGAGGGGAAGAAGAGGGAGGAGCUGGCGGCGGAGGGGGAGAAGAGGGAGGAGCGCGGGGAGGAGCGGGCGGAGGAGGGUGGCAGCGCUUCGUACUUCGCGGCGGCUGCUAAGGCUGACCCGGGGGUACGACGCUCUGACCCGGGGUCGGAUGGUCUGACCCGGGGGUUGGACGCUCUAACCCGGGGGUUGUAUGCUCUGACCCAGGGGUUGGACGGGGCUGACCCGGGAGUCGGACAAUGUGACCCGGGGGUUGGACGCUCCGACCCGGCGGUUGGACGCUUUGACCCAUCGGUUGGACACUUUGACUGA